AUGUCUCCUUCCAUUUCUCCAUACUUUUGGGCUCUGCUGGGCUGUUCCAUGCUACCCGUGUAUCGCUCGUGGGGCGGUUAUGGAGACCUUCGGCCUCAUCUCAUCGACAUCUUAGUCUUCGUUCAGGCUGGGAGUCAGGCGGUUAGAGAGAGACGUAAUCUCUCAGAGCAGACCGGCAUUGAUGCAGCCACCAUCGUACCGCCGCCACCAUCAGUGCAAAGCUCGGAGGAUACAGAAUCGGUUGACCUCGAGCAACGCGAAGCCUUCUCCGAGUGGUCCACAGGGAUUGUCUACAACCACUUGACAGAUGACAAGAUCCGAAUCCUUCAAGUUGUUCCGGAUGUCUCUGCCGGGACGGAGGAACUGCAUUUCACUUUGAUCGAUCGCCCGCUCUCCGACCUUGAAGGCCAAUAUAUUGCGGUGAGCUACUACUGGGGGAAGCAUACACGAGAGAGGAAGUGUAUCUAUAUCAAUGGACACAAAGCAUUCGUCACCAGAAGGCUGUACGACACCUUGCUUGAGGUGUGCCACCACUGCAACAUGCCCUUCUGGGUGGAUGCCUUGGGUAUCAAUCAGAGUGAUCUAGCCGAGCGGAGUGCUCAGGUCCUCCGCAUGAAAGCCAUCUACGGAAGAGCGAAAGAGGUUGUCGCCUGCCUCGGCACCGAGGACGAUGACGAGCAUUGCUCCCAAAUGAUGGGCUUCCUCAACUCGAUAUCGAUGGACGGGCAGGAACAAGUAGAGUUUCCUGCUUACGGCAAAGCUUCCUUCGACGAUUUGAAAGCUCUUGUGCGACGCCCGUACUGGCGCCGCGUGUGGAUCAUCCAAGAAAUCGCCGCUGCUCGAAAAGUAUCACUGCUGGCUUGCGGCCAGAGGGUUCCAUUGGAAAAGCUCUCACAUCUUCUGGCACACGUGGAUAAACAGCCGCCUCAUCAGACCGAAUGGCCCGAGUUUAACCGGGAUUUGCAGUUGGUCAGGCAGAUUCUGGAGAUUCGUGCGCGUCGAAUCAACAACAAACCCCUCCAACUGCUCCAGAUUCUAGCCAACACGCAAAGAUCGCUUUCCACCAUCCCGCACGACAAAGUGUUUGGGCUCCUCAGCUUGACCACUGACGGGCCAGAUUUCGUGGCAGAGCCAGACUACAAAAUACCCGAGACGGAAGUAUGUAUGAGGAUGACUCGCUCGUUCAUCGAAUCUCGACAGAACCUGGACAUUAUCCUGGCGGGGAGCCGCAAUCCAGAAGACUCACCAUUACCGUCCUGGUGUCCAGAUUACCUGAGGAUCGCCAACACGCCCUUGGCGGUCGACGACAACAGCUUCGUCAAGUAUCUCUCCGGAGAAGACAAGUGCCACCGACUCGGAAAAGAGGGCAUCAUGUGGGAGACGACAGGCGGGCGCAACGGAGAACGGCGAGUGAAUGUCGAGUUCCGAGACAGUGAACUCGGACUCCGGGGCCUGAGGAUUGGCAAGAUCAGCGGACUGGGUGCGACGGGCCAUCAGAGCACGGCGUCGGCUCAGCCGUUCAUACUCACCAAGCAAGACACGAGCCUCACCAAGACACGGCCCAGCCUGCCGAACCACGCGCAGCGGCCUUCUAGCGAGGUGAAGCGAGGCUACUCGACCUACGACGGGCUGUGCCGCAUGCUGCUCAUCUACGACAGCCACUACGCCGAGUUUACCAAGAGUCCGAUUGUGCUGGGGAUGCUGUACAACAUCGGCUACCUGGCGUACGCGGCGGUUGGCGGCACCAAGGCCGACAUUGUGUGGAAUUGGCUGAAGAAGAACCGCAACCUGUUUAUCCACGGCAAGUCGCUGCGCGACCGGGCCUUCUACUCGUGGGACCGCGUCAGCCACAACUUCCUCGCCGGCUUCUUCAAGCUGAACGCCAAAACCAUGACCGUGUGGCACUAUCGCCACAUCACCGAGUCUGUGGCCCGCAUCAUCACCCAGAACCUGAGCCUCAUGUCCACGUUCGAGGGCGAGGUUGGCUGGGUCGAGCCUUGCGCCCUCCCGGACGACGAGAUUUUUCUCUUCCAGGGAUGUAGUUUGUGUGUCGUGCUGAGGCCCCUGAGUAAAGACCCCCGCAUGGCCUCGGCCCAGAAACUGUCUACGCCCACCCCCAGCUCGUCAACGAGGCAUCGUCCCAGCGAUUCCGUCGUGCCGCCGCCCAUGUACCGCAUCAUCGGCCAUGCCAUUGUCGACGGAUACAUGGAUGGCCAGCGCUGGGCCAGCACCGACAGCCACAAACUUAUGGAUAUCACAGUUGUCUAA